AUGGCGCUGUGGAAUGGCUCGACGCCAUGCGACGACGCCGCGUGCUUGUCGGCGCUGUGCGUCUCGCGUGCGACUGGUGUCAACUGGACAUCUCUCUGCGCCGUGGCGCACAGCGGCACGUGGGCUUGCUGCGGCCAUACAAGAUACAAUCACGUGUUCCCGAUCGCGCUCUGGCUGAGCUUUGGAUGUGUUACGGUCUGGUGCCACUUGCGCACGGGCCUCUUUGGCGACCUCGUACUUGGCGUCCAUACACUCCACGACAUUCGAACACAAGCGCUUGGAGUCGUUGUGGCGCGCCAGAAACGUGUCAUUUUUGGCAAAGUGCGUCGGGACCCGCGCCGCGUUCUCCUCCUCAUCUCCAUGGCGUACGAGGUCGUGGGCUUUAGCUACAUUCCUGGCCAGCUCCUUUUGUAUCAAUUCUUCAACAGCGGGGCGUUCGUGGGCCAAUUCUCUGGCGAGCUGCAGUGGGCCAAGUGCAUUCUGGGAACGACACUGUUCGUGGUGCUCGAAGUAUGGCCGCCGCGCUGCUGGCCGCGGUCGUGGACCAGCGCCCGGGAUAAGCUCCUUGCACCACUGCUCUACGAUCUAUGUUACACAACAGUGCUGUACGGUGUCGUCGAUGUCGGUGGCUGUUGGAACGGCGCCGACGACAUCCUACUACCGGACGGCACGAAUUGCGCCGACGCCUCUCGGUUUUGGCUCUUUCCGACGUUUGGCACCCUGCUUUUUAUCGCCUUUUACUACGGCACGCUCGAGUACAAGCGGCGGCUCAGCGAUGAUAUCUUCUCCGUUCAGUUCCGCUACCAUGCGUCGUUCAACGGUGUCAUGAUCGUCGUGCGCACCGCGGGGGUCCUCGGUUUUUACGCCGUCGAGAAAGGACUGCUCGAGCUCGAUGCGCUCGUCGUGUCGGUCAGCGUCAGUAUCGUGCACGUGUUCUUCUUUGCCACGUUGCUCUACUACAACUACACCCAUCAGCCUGUAACCCACGCGAUCCUAAAUCUCUCGUUCGCGAGCGCUUGCUACUCGGGCGCGCUCUUGCUUGUCGUCUCGGCCAUGCAGCUGAGUGCGGGCCGGCACGCGUGGACAGCAUACGAAACCAUUCUCGCAAGCGUCGCGACCAUCUUGUAUGCGCCGCUGGCUCUUCUCGUGUGGCGCUGGAACCGCGCCGCUGCGCUGCGCUAUCAAGUGCCCAACGCACCACUUUUGGAAUUGCUGCGACACGGCAACCUCCGCGUGCGCGCCGUCGCCGCCGUCAGCAUGGUCCUCGAAGACGUCGUUCUCGACCCGGUGGAAAUUCGUGCUCAAAUACUCGCGUUGCAUGCGACGUUGCAAGCUGCGCCCCACGCCGAGGACGGGUGCGUCGCAGCGUACUCAUGUCAAGCGCUAUGGCACUUGUGGCGCCAUCGGUUCGAGCGCAACAAGCCUUUUCUCGAGACGCCGAAACGACCGACGGCGUGCUGGAAGUUUGGGUGCUGGGCGCACAGCCGCGAGUCGGGCCCAAACUUGGCUCUUCUCGAGCCAACGCCGCACGCCUUGGCGUCCGCCGCCACGUCCCGAAUGUCUACGCGUCGAAGCUCCAACGUCCGCGUCGCGCGGUUUUCCAUCGUGGGCUCGCGAGGCAUAAGUCUCGGGCGCCUCGCCGAGCAGCAGACGUGUCGCAACGGCAUCAUGAGUAUUUUCGCACCCGUUGCCUUUGACGCAGGCAUGCACCGGUGUGCAACCCACGCAAUCGAUACGCUCACGUCACUCGUCCGGAGCCGGUACGCCAAAGCGCGCUUCAUCGCUGCCAAGGUUCUUCUCGAAAUGUACAAGUGCCGCGUGCUCCAGCUGACGAGAGACUCGGUCGCGUUCGUCGCCAUCACGCGGCUCGUGUCGUCGCCUCGCCUCGCGGAUGCCGACGCUGCGGCCGAGACGCUGCGACGGCUCAUGAACGAAGGCGACGGCGCUGAGCGCAAGCGGCUUUUGCUGGUGGCGUUCACCGACCACCUCAACGUGCUGCACGUGACACAAGCCAUGGCCACGACUGAAUGGGAUAUUGAAAUCAGCGUCAUGCUGCUGCAGCUACUCACCGAUGCACUCACGCUGUGCAUGGUCCACGACACACCAAGCUCCGAUAUUGUUGUGCCGCCGCCCGACCGGUUCCUCAGCAAGGCCGCGGUCGAGUACCUCGUCCAGCUACAAAGUUGCUGGAAAGAGCACCGCGUGUUCGGCAUGGUCGAUAAUGUCCUCGUUCUCAUGCGGCAGUGCUGCGAGCAUCAUGCGAUGAAACGCCAGUCGGCCUCCAGCGCUGUGCUGCCGGAACCGUGCGAAAACACUCUCAUGGGGACGCGCGAGUACAACGCUGUGCUUGAGCGCCACCGCACGCGCGUAAGCGUGCUCACAUCCGUCCAGUGGGUCCUCGCAGAAGGGUAUCCGAGCCAGAUGCGGCUUAACGAGCUCUCGCCCAAUACGCGGCUCGCCCUCGAGGGUGUCGCGUCGCUCAUCGCGUUGGGCGAUAACGACCUCGUGGCCUACUUGGAGAGCAACCUCUCCGAGCCGCAGCGAUGGUACCUCGGGGGCCUCCUCGGGUCGGUUGUCUAUCAAACGCAUGACGACAAACCUCCAUCAUAA